AUUAAAUUAUUCUUAUUGUUGAUUGUGACGAGUGUUCAGUGUUAUCUGGAUUUAAGUAACGCAGUUGGGAAAAUAUUCUGGUGAAUCUUUGACCAGAGUUUAGUGGAAUACAUGAUAGUGAUAGAGGAUUAAUCUAAAUUCAUGGGCUGAAACAAAUUAUUUGAAGUUCAUUUUUUCUGAGAUAGAAAUAACCAUAAGUAUAUAUCCAGUAGUCUCACUUGUUUGUCACUUCUUCAUGCUAGCUUGAAAGAUGAAUUCAUUAUGGUUAUUGACGUUUUUUUCGAUAUCAGUCCUGGGCCAAAAGAAUCCAAAUUUCGUGGAGAAUCAUUCGACCAUCGUUCAUUUGUUCGAGUGGAAAUGGAAAGACAUAGCUAAGGAAUGUGAAGAUUUUUUGGGACCACACGGUUAUGGAGGAGUACAAAUUUCACCGCCAAACGAAAAUCUGAUACUGGAUAAGAGACAGUGGUACGAAAGGUACCAGCCGGUCAGUUACGUGUUGGAAACGAGAUCUGGAAACGAAAGAGACUUCGAAGACAUGACGAGGAGAUGUAACAAGGCUGGAGUCAGGAUAUACGUAGACGCCAUUAUCAACCAUAUGAGCGGAGGAGACGGCGUUGGAACAGCUGGCAACAGAGCAACGAAAUAUAAUUUUUCCGGAGUGCCCUAUACUGACGAGCAUUUUCACAGACCUUGCCCCUUGAAUAACUUCGAUGACGUGAACGAGGUCAGGUCUUGCGAACUGCUAGGACUCAAGGAUCUGGAUCAGGGCCAAGAAUACGUCAGGAAUAAGAUAGUCGACUUCAUGAAUCACCUGAUCGACCUCGGUGUCGCCGGAUUCAGGAUAGAUGCUGCGAGGCACAUGCAUCCAGACGACCUGAAGAUCAUCUUUGGACGUCUUAAGAAUCUGAAUCCGAAAUAUGGCUUUCAAAAGGACGCGAGAGCUUUUAUUUACCAGGAAGUUUCCGGACAAGGGGAGGAUCGUCAGGAAUACACCAGCUUCGGCGCCGUGCUAGAGUUCAGAUACGGAAAACUCCUGAGCAAAGUCUUCAGCAAGAGAGACAAGGCGAGAUACCUGGACAGCUGGGGGCCCAAAUGGAGCCUCCUAGAUCCCGGUCUCGACGCCGUCACCUUCAUCGACAACCACGACACGCAGAGGUCCGAGAGCGACAUCCUGACCUACAAGAACCCCAAGCCCUACAAGAUGGCCGUCGCCUUCAUGCUGGCCCAUCCGUACGGCACUGGCAGGGUGAUGUCCAGUUACGAUUUCGUCGACAGCGAGACCUGCCCGCCGCACGACGCUGACGGCAAUCUGGUUUCGCCCGGUUUCAGACAAGACGGAACUUGCACUAAUGGUUACAUCUGCGAACACAGGUGGCGCCAAAUCUACAAUAUGGCUGCCUUCCGGAACAUCGUAGACGGGACUGAGGUGAAAAACUGGCAGACACUGGCCGAUCAUCAGAUAGCCUUCUGUAGAGGAGACAAGGGAUUCGCCGCUUUUAACAACGAGGGUGAUAUCGACCGGAAGCUACAUGUCUGUCUUCCUAAAGGAGAGUAUUGUGACGUGAUAUCUGGAAGUCUCGUAGACGGAAAGUGUACGGGAAAAGUACUCAGCGUGGACGAAAACGGGGAGGCACAUGUAUCGCUCAAGGAGAACGAGGAGGAUGGAGUGUUGGCCAUCCAUUUGAAAUCGAAAAUAGAUUGAGAAAUUUCCAAAUGUUCGGUGGAUAAAUCGAUCAGAAAAGAUGUAAAUUCCGUUCCUUCUACAAAUAAAAUAUUAUGUUUCACUA